CAGUCUCACCGAGUCCAGAGAAUCCACUUUGAAAGCAACAUGGCAGAAUCCGCUCCCGCCGCCGCCGCACCGGUCAAGUCCCCGAGGAAGAGAGCCACCAAGCCGAAGAAGGCGGGCCCCAGCGCCGCUGACCUCGUGCUGAAAGCCGUCUCCGCCUCCAAGUAGCGUAAAGGGAUUUCCUAUGUCGCCCUGAAGAAAGAGCUGGCCGUUAAAGGCAUCGACAACGCCAACCAGGUGAAACGCGCCGUGAAGAAUUUGGUGGAGAAUGGAGCCCUGGUGCAGGUCAAGGGAUCCGGAGCCAGCGGCUCAUUCAAGGCAGCCAAGGCCGCCGAGAAGCCCAAGAAGGUAGCGAAGAAGCCCGCAGUCAAAGCCAAGAAACCGGCAGCAGCGAAGAAACCCGCCGCCAAGAAGCCAGCAGCCAGCAGCCAAGAAGGCAGUAACACCCAAGACGGCGAAGAAGCCUGCUACUCCUGCAAAGAAAACCCCCGUGAAGAAGAUCACUAAGAGGCCGAAGAAGGUGGCGGCCAAGAAGGCAGCGACCCCCAAGAAGACCUUAACCCUUAAAGACCGAGCGAGCCGCCCGCGGCUUCAAAGGGGUAGCGUUCUAAAAUGCUUAAUAACUUUGUAACCGCUAAUCCUAUCCAUCUGAUUUAAAAAGUGAGGUAAAGCGGCGAUUCUAGGCUUUUCGCUGGUAUCACUCAUGGGUAUCACUAUGUCCUUUUCCGGGAUUCAGAGGCUCCGACGUGAUCGGGGCAACGUCAUCACAUUGUAGAGCCUUGAUUCGUCAAGGAGACCCACGCGGCCCCUCCGUCUGAGCCAAACAGCAAAGGUUUUAGACUAAGUCCCACCCCCCUGUGUCCGGAUAGGUUUACAAUUUAAAGGUCCAGGCAAACCUCUGCCCAUGCUACCAUCUUCUCGACCAAUCAACAUAGGUUGCUGUGUAUGUUUUUGGCGGCGGGAGAUAAACAAAGAGAGACGAGAGAGUAAUACUGAAGAAGAGUAAUUUUGCCAGCGUAAGAUAAAUAAAUACAACACGAGAUAUCUAGAUACAGUCACACACAUACACAUACAUACAUAUACACACACCGCAAGACAAAUUCAAACCAACAUGUCAAAACGGCGUUACACUACGGAAGAAGCCAUAGCAUUUAUUUUGUCUGGCGGACCGCUUAGCGAUGCAGCAGUGGAUUCCUCAGAUUCUGAAGCUGACAGCUGGCGUGAUGAAGAGGAGUAUGAUCACGGGAUUGAUCCCUUCGAAGAUAAAAAUCCAGAGGAUGAGAGAGAGGAUGCACAAGCCACUGUCCCCAUCAGUAGGCCUCCUUCAAACCGAGAGGGAAAAGAAUGUGGCCAGGAGGGUGCAGCAUCCAGAAAAAAGGCCAAACCAAUGCCAGCCCCCCUGACAGUGAAAGGGAGAGGAAGAGGGAAAGGGAAAAAAACAUCUCUGACCCCAGAAGAGCCAGGAGCUGUUUGGAACGGACCUGAGGUGCCAGAUACUGCCCAACAACUACCACACUUUUGCCUGAAAAGAGCCCCUGGAGUCCAAGGUUUUGUUGGUGUGGAGUAUACUCCUGCACAAAUAUUUAGACAUUUUUUUAACAACCAAGCUGUAAAUAUCAUCUGCAAGAACACAAACAAAAAUGCUGAAAAGGAGCAGGCUAAGGGGAAAAAGUUUGUUUGGGAAGAGCUAAAGCCGGUAAAAUUCCUCAUGUAUGUCGGCCUUAUGAUGUUCAUGGCACUUCUAAAACUGCCAAAAGUAAGAGACUACUGGAGGAAGGGAUCACACCUAAGUGUUCUCUUUCCUGCUUCUGUCAUGACAAGAGACAGGUUCAUGGCAAUCAGCAGAGCUGUACACCUGAGCGACCCAGACCAUGAUUUGGCAAAUGACCGGAAAAAGGACACCCCAGAGUACGAUCCACUCCAUCGCCUAAAACCACUUCAAGCCACCAUAAAAGAGGCAUGCAAGGCAAUGUGGCAGCCUAGGAAAGAAAUGUCAAUUGAUGAACGGAUGGUGGCCACAAAAGCCAAAAUUGGACUGAGGCAGUACAUGAAAGCCAAGCCAACUAAGUGGGGUGUGAAGCUGUUUGUGUUAGCAGACUCCAGCAAUGGGUAUACCAUCGAUUUUUCCAUCUAUACUGGAAAGAGCCGCUUCAUUUCAGGGCAGGGUCUCUCUUAUGAUGUUGUCAGCGGCCUAAUGGAUAAUUCCUACUUGGGGAGAGGUUACCAUCUUUUUGUAGACAAUUUCUACACCAGCCCAAAACUUUUUACUGACCUAUUUGCAAGGGGUUUUGUGGCAUGUGGUACAUUCCGCGACAAUCGGAAAAACGUGCCUAAAUCAAAAUUGAAUGCGCUAACCUCAAAGAGCCCCAGGGGCUCAAUGCGAUGGCUCAGAGAGAAGGAGCUUUUGUUUCUACUAAAGUAUCUUUUAAAUGUGUAAAUUAAAAGCUUUAAUUGACCAAACUUA